GCUGAUGGGAGGGAGCAGAUGGGAGGAUGGUGGAGCGAGGCAGGGCGGGGCUGCUGAGCCACAGAGGCAGGAGAGGCAGGAAGCUGCUUAACAGACGACCAAGGAGCAGGGAGGAGGAGGAGGAAGAGGAAGAGAGUGAAUGCAAAGGACGUGAGUGCCGGCAGUAGAGGAGGGAGGGGGGGGGGCUUCCAGACUGGACAGGCCCAGCAAUGCCUUAAUGGAGUAUGGGCCAGGUUUUAGGAUUCUCCCACUGCCAGGAAUAUGGCUCUGUGGCUUCCACCCCAGACUCCACGCCACCGUGCACCGAUGGUGGAAAUGAGGAGUCGGAGAUAUACGAGCUGCAAACCGCCAGAGAGUGGUCGGACGAUGAGGAGACUGGCGAUCCGGACGACGACGAUGGGCUGGCUUCAUCCCCGUCCGUGUGGGGCACCCCGCGUCAGAACUCCUUCGAGCUGACUUUCUCUUACAUCGCCAUCGCCGAUGCCGAGGCAGUGGGGCCAUCGCGACACCACCGUGACCGACGCAGGGUCGGCCCUCGGGCAGGUCGCACCCCUUUGAUCCGUACAGACACGCUGGAAACACUGUUGGACUCCCCCGAUGUAGACUGGGACCCGCAAGCCUUCCUCGGUCAAGAGGAAGAAGAGGAAACAUCUGACAGGACAGACCAGGAGAGGGUCGAGGCGAGGACAGGGAGUCCUGGGGGACGAAGGGAAAGGGAUCCGAUUGGGACUAUUACAGAUCAGCCCUCUCCUCAGAACCUGGACCCAGAAACUCAAGAGAGAAACUCACACGUCCCAAGAGAGGAGAGUGAAGGCCAGAACGUCCAACCUCCCUCUGAGACCCAGUCAUCUCAGCAACAGAGCCCCUCAGAGUUGAUUCAGGCAGCGAUGGCCUCACCAGCCCCUGAACCUGAAUCUCCCAUCACCAGGGAAACCAUUUCAGUCAAGUUACUCACAUCUGUGCGACCCAGAGGCCCAGCGGGUUCAGCCGCUGUCGUUGGCUUCAACUCUCAGGAACAGCUGGUCAGCGAUCACUGGUUUUCAGCAGUCGACCUAACAGAAGACCAGGCGACAUGCACCUUCAUAGGAGAGAUCCUUCCACUCGGCAGAUAA